UAUGUAUACAAUUCGAUGGUAUUGUAAUGUCUCUAUAAUAUACAGUAAUGUAUGUUUCGUUGUCGUUUUGCCGGCACUUUUGCGUACUGAUGCUUUUCGGUUUGCUCUAUGAGUGAAAAAAUAAGCUUUUUAAUUAAAUUCUGCUGAGAAGAGUAAACAUAAAAUAAAGCUAUCUCUCUUGAUACAUCUCUCAGCGCAUUUAGUAUACGAGUGAGCUGCAUACGGUGUGGUGUGGCAGUGUGUUUGAAGUAUAUAUAAGCAAGCUUUACAAUAUAUUAUUUGCGCGUCUAAAGUGAAAAGUUAACCUUCGCAAAUUUCAUCGUGCGAAUAUUAGACAGAUAAUAAGUCAAAUUGUCUGUUUUAAUAAAUGUCCAAUUUUAUCACACAUUCUCCUGCACACAAAUAAAGCUAGGAUAAAAAGAGGGAAAAAGAAAGGAAACAAACUAUGAAUAGAACAGACUUUAUGCAUCCAUUUGUUUCAAAUCACUAGAUUGUUCUCUAUAUUUGGUUGAUUAAAAAUGCCAGGUUGUGCCGCUGUUGGUUGCAACAAUCGCAGUGAAAAAGGGUAUAUUAUGAAAUGUUUUCCUCGCGACCCAACAUUAAGAAAAAUUUGGCAGGAACGUGUUGCCAGGGCAGAUUGGGAACCGUCCAACAAUUCCUUUCUUUGUCACGUGCACUUUGAACCUGAAGAAUGGUCUAUAACACAAAGUGGCAGAAUUAGAUUAAAAAAAAAUGCUGUGCCAACUAUUUUUACCAUAACAUCCACCAGAAAAUCUCCCAAAAAGCGUAUAAAGUUAUCAAACCUAAGGAAUGAAACCAUAAGGAGUGAAUGUGAGAAUGAUUAUAUAACGGAAUAUCUAGAAAAUGAUACGGAGCACUCGUCAACAGGUAAUCUGGAAGAGAAAGAUUCUGAUUCACAAGGUCUUGAUGAUCCAUCUGUACCAUCAUUUAUAUAUCGCCAAGUAAGUCAUUCUCCAACAAUGACGGAGAACAAACAAGUAUUAAGUGAACAGUAUAGAGCCAUUAGCAGCGAUAUUCAACAAGAAAGUAUUAUUUUAAUUUCAAAGGAUAAUAAUAUGCUAGAGAAUAGUAUCAAUGAUCACAACAAUGGAAAGCAAAUGAGAAAUAAUUUAACUCAAAAUCAAAAUAAGAAUGUUGCAAAAACAGGAAUGAAAGGCGAAACUGACCAAGUGUCACUUGAUGAUAGUUAUGAUGAAAUAGAGGAGAAAUUGAAGCAAAUCUGCAAUGGUUAUCGUGAAGAGAAUAUGUCUAAUAAUGUAGAGAAACUAAAUUCAAUUGCUAGAAAUCAGAAAAGAACUUUAGAACAAUCGGCGAUGCAAGUGCCAUUUCACAAAAAUAUAAAUUAUAAAUAUUCGUCGAAGAAUACAAUUGGAAAUAUACUAACUGAUAAUGCGGAAAAUAUAGAGAUAAUUUUUGGCAGUGAAAGCGGAGAAGAAUGUGUACAUGUUUCCAAAUAUACAUCUAAUAAUGUGACUAAUGAGAAUGAUAAAUUGAAUCAGCAUAAUACAGAUAUCAAUAACAUUACUGAUAAACAAAAUGAUAAAACUUGUCUGAAAGAGACAGAAGAAUAUUUUAACAAAGAGCACAGUCAUGUCACAUCAAACAUGAGAGCGGCGAUGAAACGUAAAUGGAGAACUCGAGAGGAGAUUAUGAAGUCUGUAAAAAAAUCAAUUCGAACUGUAUCCUCUCAGGAUACAGUUUUCGUAAGCAACAGUGAUGCUUCGGACAACAAUGUGGAAGUAGAAGAUAAAAUAGAAAAGGAACUGAAUACACCUGAAAGUAUACAAUUUGACAAAGACGAUACUACACAAGCAAAGUUUACAAUCAAGGUGACAGGUGAACGUGAAGAUGUAAUUGAUAUAAUGCAGGAUUUAUUUAAAGAUACUAAAGACUUUACGAUCCAAGAACAUAAUAAUAUGCAUGUACAAGGAAAUGAUACACUUGUUACAUCCGUGAUAACGAUAGAUGACUGCACUCAAGUAAGAACAAAUGCCAAGAAUGAACGCAAUCAUGAUAUUUUACAAUCAAGUAUUACAGAUAUCAAGCCAAGAAGUAACGAUCAUGUGUCAUGUGAUUUCUCAACUUUAAAAAAUAAUGAGUGUCUAGGUACAAGAUUAAUACCAUCGCAUUUCAAUGAGGAGUCUGAUGAUAUAGAUAUAAGUAGCGACUGUUUAUCAUUAGACAUUAACAAGACUGCUGAGCGAGCGACAGCCAUUCAAGCCAUUAGAUACGAUUAUCAGAAAUUGCAGCAGAAGGUGAAAAUGCAAGAGGAUGUUAUCAGAAAAUUAACUAAUCAACUUAUUUUAUACAAGGACUUGGAGAAAGAUUUGAAAAGUAAAACUUUGGCACUCGAAAUAAAGACAAUGUGUGAAUAUGAUACAAAAACGGAUAACGGAUUAUUUUCAGCAAGUUGUAAGAAAAAUAUGGAUUCGAGGCAAACAUUGAUUAAUGAUUUAUCAAACAGAAUAAGUUAUUUUCUAGAUAUGAAUAAAAAAUUAAUGAGAACUAUAACCAUGGAAUGUCAACAAAAAAGAGAACUAGAAGGUCAAAUUAAGCAGAAGGACAAUCUGAUAAAAGAGCUCAAUUGGAAAUUGCAGAAGGCUUCUAAAUUCUUCGAUCGUGCAGUGAAAAAUGUAAAUACGUGUAAAAGAAAGAUGUUAAAUAUGCAAACCGUUAUGAGAAGAAGGAAGCUUUUAGACGAGAAAUUGAGCCACUUUAAUGAAAUGCUGAUAGACAAUGUCAAGGGAGGCUAUUCUGAAAGAGCUCAAGCGAUGGCAAUGGAAAUUAAAAACAUCUGCGGUGAGAAUGGAUACAACAAGUUGUUAAGCUUUGGAUUUCCACUUCCAGCGUUAUCGACUUUGCAAAUCUCCCUGCGCGACAAUUCCUCAAAUUCUAACGAAAGUAGUAAUGAGAUUUCGACAGCUAUUUCUUCAAAACAUAAUGUGGAUGAAAAGCAUAUGGAAUACGAUGGAAUACAUACGAAAAAUGGUAUAAUGGCGCAUUCAAAGAAUCAUGUGGGAAGACCGAAAACGGUUCGCGAAGAAAUCAUAUUAGAUAGCAUAGAGACUGUAACGGGUACAGUUCAAGACAUCUUUGAAGAAAAUAACGAUAUAGAUGACUUCACUACAAUUGAAUUAAGAGACCAUUUUAUUUCGGAACUAAACGCUACUAUGUAGCCACGAUCGAUAAUAUAUCCAUAAUAUACAUACAGUAUAUGUACAAUUUUGAAUUACUCAUUACUUGUAACAUAAAACUUCAUCUCUUAUUUUAAAUAACAAACUCUGAUAUUAAACUAUUAUUCGCAAA